AUGAAGUGGCCAAACCCACCAUACCAUGUUCACACCGUCCACUUUUAUAGCGCGACCGAGCGCCAUGGACCACAGCCAAUAAUUCCAGACUUAUUAAUGACUCCAAGUGAUCAUGGAGAUGGUGACCUGGAAAUUGAGCAUACUGAAGACAGAGGGAAUUGGACGGGCAAGCUGGAUUUCCUUUUGUCCUGUAUUGGAUACUGUGUGGGACUGGGAAAUGUCUGGAGGUUUCCAUACCGAGCUUACACAAAUGGGGGAGGGGCAUUCCUUGUUCCUUAUUUCAUCAUGCUGGCAAUAUGUGGGAUUCCCAUCUUCUUCAUGGAGCUGUCACUGGGCCAGUUCUCAAGCUUGGGGCCUCUUGCUGUUUGGAAGAUAAGCCCACUGUUUAAAGGUACUGGCAUGGCCACAAUCCUUAUUGUCUCUUUGGUGGCCAUUUACUAUAACAUGAUCAUUGCCUAUGUUCUCUUCUACCUCUUUGCCUCAUUGACAAAAAACUUGCCCUGGCAGUACUGUGGCAACUGGUGGAACACAGACCUAUGCCUGGACCACCACAUCAUGCAAACUGGGAAUGGUGCUAUCCCUUUCAACAUCUCUAACACUGUCAGCCCAAGUGAGGAAUAUUGGAGUCGUUACGUUCUGCACAUCCAAGAAAGCUCAGGGAUUGGGGAUCCUGGGAGAAUUCGCUGGAAUUUGUGCCUGUGCCUUCUCCUUGCCUGGGUCAUUGUGUACCUGUGUAUCCUAAAGGGAGUCAAAUCCUCUGGCAAGGUUGUGUAUUUCACUGCUACAUUUCCUUAUCUCAUCUUGGUCAUGCUCUUAGUUCGUGGUGUAACACUGGAAGGUGCCUGGUUAGGAAUUAAGUUCUAUCUCACACCCCAGUUUCAUCACCUGCUGUCUUCCAAGGUGUGGAUCGAAGCAGCUUUGCAGAUCUUCUACUCUCUUGGCGUAGGAUUUGGGGGACUGCUUACUUUUGCUUCAUAUAACACCUUCCACCAGAAUAUUUACAGGGAUACAUUUAUAGUCACCGUGGGCAAUGCCAUCACCAGUAUCUUGGCCGGUUUUGCCAUCUUCUCAGUUUUGGGCUAUAUGUCCCAAGAACUUGGUGUUCCUGUUGACCAAGUGGCCAAAGCAGGUCCAGGGUUGGCAUUUGUGGUAUACCCACAGGCCAUGACAAUGCUUCCUCUUGCUCCCUUCUGGUCUUUCCUUUUUUUCUUCAUGCUGUUAACUCUGGGCCUGGACAGCCAGUUUGCUUUUCUAGAGACCAUUGUUACUGCCGUGACAGAUCAAUUCCCGUAUUAUCUCCGACCAAAGAAGGCUUUUUUCUCAGGCAUCAUUUGUGUUGUGAUGUUCUUCAUGGGACUCAUUCUCACAACAGAGGGUGGGAUGUAUUGGCUAGUUCUGCUGGAUGACUACAGUGCUGGGUUUGGACUCAUGGUGGUAGUCAUUACUACUUGCUUGGCAGUUACACGUAUAUAUGGACUAAAGAGGUUUUGUAGAGAUAUUCACAUGAUGCUGGGCUUCAAACCGGGGAUGUAUUUUAGAAGUUGCUGGUUGUUCCUGUCCCCAGUAACAAUGAUGGCUCUGCUGGUGUACAGUAUAGUCAAGUACCAACCCUCAAAGUAUGGAACCUACCUAUUCCCAUACUGGGCUGAGGUCUUAGGCAUCUUGAUGGGGGUCUUCUCCUGCCUGAUGAUUCCUAUGGGGAUGGUUUUUGCUGUGAUCCAAGAGGAAGGAACACUCUGGCAGAGAAUACAGCAAGCUAGCAGGCCAACCAUGGACUGGGGUCCUUCUCUGGAGGAAAACAGAACUGGCAUGUAUGUGGCCACCUUGGCAGGCAGCCAGUCUCCUAAGCCUUUGAUGGUCCAUAUGAGAAAAUAUGGAGGAAUAACCAGCUAUGAGAACACAGCCCUGGAGGUGGAUAAAGAGAUUGAAGAGGAUGAAGAGGAGUCCAUGAUGUGA